ACCUCAGACACUCAGGAGACCACAACAAAGGGGGUUCUGGGACAUUUGUGGCAUGGUACCCUCACAAGAAUGAAAUAUGCACCUUCCUCUUCUUGGCAACUUUGUUGACAGAGCAGUGGAAGAAUUUUUGGUCGGUCUCCUCAACGUCAAAAUGUUUGGAAGUGGUACCAGGAAGUGGUUUGUGAAGAAGCAGAAGAAGCCGCGCCCGGGCAGGAGGCCGUACAACAGGAGGAAGAAAAAACGAGCCACCAAGAUCCUAAAGCAGCACAGAGAAAUGAUACUGAAUGAACUGGAUGUCAACAGAGUGCUUCCGUACCUGGUGUACGAUAAAGUUUUCUCUCUGGGGGAGUACAAGGAAAUACUAGGCCAGGACUCCAACGACAAGAGGGCUGAGAUAUUUCUGGACCAGUUGUCCUUGAAGGGGCCCGCUGCAUUCUGUGCAUUUUGUUCUGUUCUGGAGGAAGUAUGUCCCCACCUGCUAACCUGCUUUCUGCUGGAUUGUGAAGAUGGCCCCCCUGGGCGGGGCAGGAAGGGGGGGCAGGCUGUUCCCCGUCAUUGUCAAGGUGGCUUGCUGUCCAGGGAGCUGGAGACGUUGUGUUGCCCUCCCAUGUACACAGACCCCCUGUUUGACACCAGGAUUCACCCCAGCCCGACCACUGGGUCCCUCACUGCGUCCUCCUCUGUGAGCACCCUACACGGCAAGCCAUCGCUGCGACGCAUCAAAGGCCGCAUUCACAGGAGCAAGAGCCUGGACAGCAUCGACCUCCUCGACUCCAACAGCGCAGCAAUGGAGGAGACUGUCAUAUGGGAACAGCACACAGUGACUCUGCACAGGGCACCAGGGUUUGGCUUUGGGAUAGCCAUCUCAGGGGGACGGGAUAACCCUCAUUUUCAGAGCGGCGAGACCUCCAUCGUUAUCUCAGAUGUCCUGAAGGGAGGCCCUGCAGAAGGCCUUCUGCAGGAAAAUGACAGAGUUGUGAUGGUCAAUGCUGUCUCCAUGGACAAUGUGGAGCAUGCAUACGCGGUCCAACAGCUUCGGAAAAGUGGGAAGAAUGCGAAAAUCACCAUCAGACGGAAGCGGAAGGUCCACGUCCCCAUGAGUCGCCUGGGCGAGAGAGAGACCAUGUCUGAGCACGACGAGGAGGAGGACAGCUACGACGAGGAGAUCUACGAGACGCGGAGCGCCCGGAGCGGCCCCAGCGCGUACGGCGGCGCCACAGGUCGCCGCAGCGGGCGCAGCACCGGGCGACGGGACCGCGACAGGGAGCGCGAGCGCAGCGGCUCCCGGGACAGAAGCCCCUCCCCGCGCUCAGACCACCGCUCCAUCAACCUCCCCCCGCGGCCCGCCAAGGUCACCCUCGUCAAAUCACGCAAAAAUGAAGCAGAAUAUGGCCUGCGCUUGGCCAGCCACAUCUUCGUGAAGGACAUCUCCCCUGAGAGCCUGGCGGCCCGGGACGGCAACAUCCAGGAGGGGGACGUGGUGCUGAAGAUCAAUGGCACAGUGACAGAAAACCUCUCCUUGAUAGACGCUAAGAAGCUGAUUGAAAGGUCAAAGGGCAAGCUAAAGAUGGUGGUGCAGAGGGAUGAGAGGGCGACGCUGCUAAACAUUCCCGACAUGGACGACAGUAUCCCCUCCGCCAACGCUUCUGACAGAGACGACAUUUCAGACAUCCAUUCGCUGGCGUCCGACCAUUCCACCCGAUCUCACGAGCGCCAUCGCAGCUCCCGCUCCCGCUCCCCGGACAGACAGGAGCCCUCGGAACACUCCAGACACUCUCCUCCGCAGAUCAGCAACGGCAGUUGUUGGAGACUACCUCACAGGAGUCGGGAAGAUGAGAGGAUCUCCAAGCCCAUCCCCAUGUCAGCCAAGAUGGCCGAGGAGCUCCCUAUCCCCAAGCCUCAGGAGCUGUCCGGGGGCCGUGAGGAGAAACUGCUUCCCCCCCUCCCAGAGCCCAAGCCAGUGUAUGCCCAGCCCGGCCAGCCUGAUGUGGACCUACCUGUCAGCCCCUCUGAUGCCCCGGUGCCCAGCGCUGCCCACGACGACAGCAUCCUCCGGCCGAGCAUGAAGCUGGUGAAGUUCAAGAAGGGAGAGAGCGUUGGCCUGCGGCUGGCGGGGGGGAACGACGUGGGCAUCUUUGUGGCCGGGGUGCUGGAGGACAGCCCCGCAGCCAAGGAGGGUCUGGAGGAGGGGGAUCAGAUACUCAGGGUAAACAACGUGGACUUUGCCAACAUCAUCCGAGAAGAGGCGGUGCUGUUCCUGCUCGACCUUCCUAAAGGUGAAGAGGUCACCAUCCUGGCCCAGAAGAAGAAGGAUGUGUACCGGCGGAUCGUGGAGUCUGACGUGGGCGACUCCUUCUACAUCCGCACCCACUUUGAGUACGAGAAGGAGUCACCUUAUGGGCUGAGCUUCAACAAGGGCGAGGUGUUCCGUGUGGUGGACACGCUCUACAACGGCAAGCUGGGCUCCUGGCUCGCCAUCCGCAUCGGCAAGAACCACCAGGAGGUGGAGCGGGGAAUCAUCCCCAACAAGAACAGAGCGGAGCAGCUGUCCAGUGUGCAGUACACCCUCCCCAAAACCGCGGGGGGCGACAGGGCUGACUUCUGGAGGUUCCGCGGGCUGCGCAGCUCCAAGAGGAACCUGAGGAAGAGCCGGGAGGACCUGUCAGCCCAGCCCGUCCAGACCAAGUUCCCCGCCUACGAGAGGGUGGUUCUGAGAGAGGCUGGUUUCCUGAGGCCUGUGGUUAUAUUUGGGCCGAUCGCUGACGUCGCCAGGGAGAAGCUGGCCAGAGAAGAGCCUGAUCUGUUUGAGCUUGCAAAGAGUGAACCCAGAGACGCCGGCACAGACCAGAGGAGCUCUGGAAUCAUCCGUCUUCACACCAUCAAGCAGAUCAUCGACAGAGACAAGCAUGCGGUGCUGGACAUCACACCCAACGCGGUGGACAGGCUGAACUACGCCCAGUGGUACCCCAUCGUGGUGUUCCUCAACCCCGACAACAAGCAGGGGGUGAAGAACAUGAGGACCCGACUGUGCCCAGAGUCCAGGAAGAGCGCCAGGAAGCUGUAUGAGCGCGCCCUCAAACUUAGGAAGAACAACCACCACCUGUUCACCACCACCAUCAACAUGAACAACAUGAACGACGGCUGGUACGGAGCCCUGAAGGAGACGACCCAGCAGCAGCAGAACCAGCUGGUCUGGGUGUCCGAGGGCAAGGCGGACGGGGCGCCCGAGGACGACCUGGACAUCCACGACGACCGCCUGUCCUACCUGUCGGCCCCGGGCAGCGAGUACUCCAUGUACAGCACGGACAGCCGCCACACCUCCGACUACGAGGACACGGACACCGAGGGCGGGGCCUACACCGACCAGGAGCUGGACGAGACGCUGAACGACGAGGUGGGCCUGCCCACAGAGCCCGCCAUCACCCGCUCCUCCGAGCCUGUGCGUGAGGACCCGCCCGUCAUCCAGGACGCCCCCGGUUACCCCGGCUAUCAGCACCCCGUGCAGCCGGACCCCGCCAACCGCAUUGAUCCUGCUGGGUUCAAAAUGGCCGCCCCUCAGCAGCAAGACGAGCCUGAGGCAGCUGUGGUCAUGCCCUCGCCCCCUGGGGCCUUGGCAGCGCCCCCUGCUGUUCAGCAGCCUGUACUGCUAGAGGGUAUGAGCCCAGAGGAGGCUCCCACUGGAGCGCCAGCUCCUCAGGCCCCGCCCCUUAGCAGCCCCGCCCCCGAGCUAGCCCCGCCCCCACCACCACAUGAACCCUUCCCGUCUGGGCCGCCCGGGCCAGAACCAAAGAUGUACAAGAAAGAUCUGUACAGCAUGGAGGAGUCUGUGCGUGUGAACCAGGGCCUGAAGCCGUCCCUGAGCUACAGUCACCAGCCCUCGUACCCGGACAAACAGCCAUACCGUGACUACGACCACCCGCCUUACGGAUACAACGGGGGCGGCGGCUUCGCAGAACCAAAGCCUCUCAACUUCGACUCUCACCUGCACCACUACGACGACCAGUGGCCCCCCUACGACCAGCAUACCUCGCCCCAGCCUCCGGGCUACCAGCCGGGCCCCCAGCAGCCCCCCUUGGGCUACAGCCCCCGGCCCCCCUACGAGGACGGCCCCGGGAGGGACUACAGCCCCCCCCAGCCACGCUACGACGACGCCCACCCGGUGGGGUACGACGGCAGGCAGCGGCACGGCAAGGCGGGGCCCGUGCGCUACGACGAGCCCCCACCCCCCGCCGCGGAGUACGACGCCCGCUCGCCCUACGAGCCAGAGAGCCACAGCUUCCCCAUCAACUCUCCCCGCUCCCCAGAACCCCCCAAGCAGUAUUACAGCGACUCCGCCUCACGGCCCUCCUACAACCCUGGGCCUCCUAACAGGGGCUACAAGCCAGGGAUGCACGACCCCGUCAUGAACUCUGAACCCCCCCUGCCCCCUCCCAAACCAGAAGCCCUGUCCUCGCCGGGAGAGCCGGGCGUGUCCGCCGGCCCUAAGCCCUUCCCCCCACCCCCGAGGGCGGAGCCUGAAGACGACCCCGCCAUGAAGCCCCAGUCGGUCCUUAACAGGGUGAAGAUGUUUGAGAACAAGCGCUCCGUGUCUGUGGACCGGGCCAAGGACGCGGGGGACGCCACAAUCCUCAGACCCGCCGAUGCUCCCAAACCUGUGAUGGCGCCUGGGCCAGUCCUCAAAGCCAACUCCCUCAGCAAUCUGGAGCAGGAGAAGUCUUCUACAUACAGGGGCCCGGAGCCUCAGAAGCCCCAGUCCAAACCGCUGGACGACGCGGGGCGCUCCAACCACUACGACCAGGACGAGGACGAGGAGUACUACAGGAAGCAGCUCUCCUACUUUGACCGCCGGAGUUUUGACAGCAAGGCCAUGAGCCAGCCUGGCCCUGGGGUCAACCGCUUCCAUGAGCUGGCCAAACCUGCCCAGCUGACCUACCCUUACAAUAGGGCGGAGUCUGUGGAGAAGGUGAGUCCAGUGGAGAAGAGGUACGAGCCCCUGCCUCAGAUCAGCCCCUCCUCCCAGUACGUGCCCCCCGCCAUCCCACCCAACACGCUGCCCAAGCUCAGCGCCAACGAAGUGAACUCCCUGCCUGAUGCCCUCUGCUCCCCCAACCCCAAACUUGAGGGGGCCCUGUGGCCCCCAACCCGGGAGGACCCCCCCCAGGGGAACUACCUCUCCCAGAAGUCCCCCGUCAAUGGCACAGACGCGCCCCCCAAAACCCUGGGCGCCCCCACACCCACCAGCUACAACCGCUACAUCCCCCGGCCGUACACCAGCUCGGCCCGGCCCUUCGAGCGCAAGUUCGAGAGCCCCAAGUUCAACCACAACCUGCUGCCCAAUGACACGCAGGCCAAGACGGAGCUGGUCAGCAAGCCCAGCCUGGUCAACAACAACAGCAGCAGCAGCAGCAAACCUCAGCUGUCCCCGCAGCCCCAGGACCACGACAGUGGCCUGGACACGUUCACUCGCACCGUGGACAACAGGCCCAAGUACCAGCACAACAACGUCAACGCCAUCCCCAAGGCCAUCCCUGUCAGCCCCAGUGCGCUGGAGGAUGACGAGGAGGAUGAAGGGCACACGGUUGUGGCCACGGCCCGGGGGAUCUUCAACUGUAACGGAGGGGUCCUGAGCUCCAUGGAGACAGGCGUCAGCAUCAUCAUUCCCCAGGGGGCCAUCCCAGAGAGCGUGGAGCAGGAGAUCUACUUCAAGGUGUGCCGGGACAACAGCAUCCUGCCUCCCCUCGACAAGGAAAAAGGAGAGACUCUGCUCAGCCCCCUGGUGAUGUGUGGUCCUCACGGACUGAAGUUCCUGAAGCCCGUGGAGCUCCGCCUUCCUCACUGUGCGUCUAUGACCCCUGAUGGUUGGUCUUUUGCUCUAAAAUCCUCCGACUCCUCGUCGGGUGACCCGAAGACUUGGCAGAACAAGUCUCUUCCAGGAGAUCCUAACUACCUGGUGGGCGCUAACUGUGUGUCUGUGCUAAUCGACCACUUCUGAAGAGGGCAACAGCUGGUCUGUUACUGAAUGUGAAUAUCAGGGGAUCGCCGUUGCCCCCUCCUCCUGUGACCCCCCCCCUCCCCCCUCCCCUCCCACUUCCUCGGACCAGAGCAGUGGUGGUCUGCGCUGCUUGAUGAAGAUUGAACUUCUCUCUCACAUUGUUUACUGUGCCCCGCCCCCCCCCCCCUCAAAAAAAUUAUAUUAUAAAAUAAAACAUUACAAGGAGUGGGAGGAGUCCACAAGGAGUGGGAGGAGUCCACAAGGAGUGGGAGGAGUCCACAAGGAGUGGGAGGAGUCCACAAGGAGUGGGAGGAGUCCACAAGGAGUGGGAGGAGUCCAGCUGUCCCAGGGCUGUGCUCUUUUUCUUUUUGUUUUUUGGUGCUUUAAGGCAAAAAAUACAAAUAAAAACAAGUUGUAUAAAAAAAUGGAACUGUUGUUGGAAUGCAUGACCCGUGCCACAGACUGAAUAAUCUCAUUUUGACAUUUUUAGCCAAUUUAAAAACUAUAAAAGAAGAAAAAACGGUCUGAGCGGUGCAAGAAAGGAAGAAUCUUGAAAUUUAUUUAAUAUUGCUAUGAGAAUUGUACUUAUGCACUCACAAACAGAAAAGUUGGUAUAUGCAAAACUUUUUUGUUUGUGAGGUCUGUGGUCAUGUGUUUCUCUCUUGAAGGAUCUUUAAAGACUUGUGAGAUGCUAAGCCUGUCACAAGGGUAAUGAAGGACGUAGGCAUCAUGAAGAUACUGUAUAAAAAUAAUGAAAAUAAUAUACUAUAUGAAGAUGGAUGUAUUGGAAUUGGAUGUCCCUUGUUUGUUCCCUAUGGGCUCAAUGUGUUUAGAACUGAUCUUUUGUAGCUGUUUUACCGUAGAUAAAUGUACUGACUUGAUUUACCAACUCCUGCUGUCUAGAGAUCUAUGCAUGUGCUAUGACUCAGGUCCAGAAUCCUGCUACUACUAAGUUCAACACAUAAGUCCCAUCUUACACUGCAAGCAGUGAUGCCUUAUCUGCAUAUAAACUUUUCAGUAAAACUUAAAAACAUCUGAUCUUUUAAGUUGUAGAGGUCAAUUAUGAAAGAAAUAAACAGUUGUCUGCAUUCUUAACUCAUUAUAUCAAUGAACUUGGAUUUAGCACACAAGAAUAAUUGAGGCUGAUGAAAAGGUAUGCUUUCUGUUACUGCUAUGCAUAUGAAGUCAGAGGAAAUACAAAACACUAGAAAAUGUUACAAUUAAUUGUGGCUGUACAUAUUGCUAGCAUAUGGCCUUGGUUCUCUGUAAAUGAACUUUUGUACAUCUUUGUUAUUUUGUAUAAAAGAGGAAAAAUGUUUCUUAAAAAAGACGAAGCAUUGGUUAUGUUUAUAUUCUGGUUAUACCCCUGAGCCUUGGAACUGAUCUAAGCAGUAAUAAAUUCAACUUUUCUACCACAUAUACACACUACUUAAAGGCAUUUUUAACAGUCAGAAAACUUUUUAUUCUUAUUUACAAAAUAGAAAAGUGCUUGGUUUAAAAGAUCUGUACUCCAGAGGGGUCUGCUUUAAAGAGUCGGCCCUCCUUUGUGAUACUGGAUGCUGUAUUGUGUGCCCUGAAAUGUAUUUUUGUACUAAUAGACAAUUUAUUAUGGCACAUCAGUACUAUUUUCUUUUGAUAUGAUAACACUGCUUUAAUCCAACACUAGUUUCUUUUCCUGUUUGGCUGGCAUUCUCUUUAUUUAUUUUUUAAUUUUGUUCGAUGUUUUUCUUUCCUUUGCAACACAUUUCUAAGUAUACCACUGUAUUAAUAAAUAAAAUAAUUUUUAAAGUAA